AUGUCAGAAGAAGAUCUGAGAUUUGUACUGAGAGAGAAAGGUGAAGAGAUUUGUAGCGAUCUUCUUCAAUUUGAAGAGUUUGUUGAUUUAUAUCACUUCAUCUCCAACCCCGAACAAGAUGAAGAAGAAAAUAAGUCGGAAGAUUUAAUGGAGGCAUUCAAUAUUUUUGAUGAGAAUAGAGACGGAUAUAUCUCUUGUGAAGAAUUGCAGAGAGUGCUCUCCGCGCUCGGAUUAAUUCCACACACUCAACCUCCACAAUACUGCAAGAAAAUGAUAUACCGUACAGAUGACGUGGCACUGUACGGACGUGCUGUGUGGCACAAUGACAUGGCAGACGGUACGGUCUACAUGGCGUGA